AGUCUGAUAGACUUGCCCGCCAGCUCUGAAAUUUAAAAAACCAUUAAAAGUUCUGUGGAGUCUGGUUAACUGCUUUUCCUGCGGGUCAUACAUUGAUUGACGGAUUUUAAAUGUUACAAACUGAAGGCUCUCAUGGUGAAAUCCCUAAUAACAACAUGGCCACCAAUCCAUUUAUUUACCACGGAAAUUUCUACAACUACAAAUGCAGUGACUGUGGAAGAAAAGCUUUCUCCUCUGCAAGUUGUGGCCACACCAGACUACCCAGUUGCAGCAGGUCAAAGAGUCGACCUGUACUGCAGCGCUUACGCCAUGCCAGACACCGUCAUGUGGACCUGGAAACACCUGCAAAAUAAGACCUGGCAAGAAGUGGGCUACAGUAGGCAUCUGACUCUUACCAAGCCAGAGCAGAGCGGGCUUUACCGCUGCUGUGCCAAGAGCCAGUUAACUCAGAAGAACGUGACGAGCCCUGACCACCAAGUCUAUAUCAUCUCCAUGCAAGCAACAGCUGCUGAGAAUUUAGGAGUAGCUGCCUUUUUCCUUUCUCUCCUGGCCUUGAUCAUCAACUUUGCUAUUCUCUUUUGGCUGGGCUGGCAAAGAUUUGGUCCCACACAGACUUCCUCCAAUACUGCGGCUAAAGGUUUUCCUGGACCUGAAAAGUCAUCAAAGGGAGGUGUGCAACAGACUGAAAUGGACGGAGAUGUGUACAUGAAUUACACGAACACCAGCCAAGACUACACUGAUCUGGACCCCAGCAAUGCCACUGUGGACAAUGUGUACUCAAGUCUGUCAUGAUGGGAGGGUGGAGUUGUGCAUUAAAAUGACAAAGCAUGUUGUUAGGCCGCAGAAUAUCUGUCUCUGUAUCUAUAGCAUCUCAGCCUUUAACCUGAUAGAUGAGGUUUGCCAUAUAAUAUAAUAUAUACAAUAUGUUGAACACAAUCUGAAUGUGGAUAGCAUGAAGAUCUGAGGCCGUAUUCACAAACAUUUGGAGAAUACUAUCAGAGAGCUCCUAACUUAGCCUAAAAUCUUUUUAGUAAGGAGUCUUGCUGCAGAUCCUACACCGUAGCCUACGCACGUCCCCUACGCUGUUGUGAGCAUUUAUACUUGUGUGGUGGUGUGUCUGUGUCACUUUGCAGUUACACCUCCAAAACACAAGUCAGCAGCAGGGUUUCUGUGAAGUGCUGUAAAGUUUAGUUGAUUCAAAACACACAUUAAAAAUGGCUUAAAAGAGACAAUUUCAAACACAAGUACACAAAUCAGCUUCACUAUAACUCGCAGCAUUCACAAGCAAACACUUGUCCUUAUCUGGACACAUUUUCCCCACAAAUACAACAUGCUAAUGUUUUUAGCACAAGCCUAUGGCAUUUUACAUUGUAAAAAUUAGCCUAGUGGCUAGCGGACUUUUCCUCUACUCAUAUAAAAGCAGGGGCAACAGCAACAUUUAGCAAAGGUAACGGUACAUAAUGUGGCUCCAUUACAACUCACAAGGUUCACUGACAAAACAUCAUGACGAAUUUCUUAGAAGUUUGUCACCAGGAGCAACUCUUUGUACGAGGAAGCUUUGUGAAUAUGGCCCCUG